UGAAGGAGGGAACCUAUUGAAGCCUUCCUCCUCCUCAUCUUUGCCAUUAAUCUCACUGCAUUUGUUACUGUAAGUUGGUGCGUGGAAGACAAGGCAGACUUUCAUUCCAGGAGCCCAACGGUUGCUGCCCGUCUUGUGGCUGACUGACUUUAGAAGGAACGACGCAGCAUGUCCAACAACAUGGCCAAAAUUGCAGAUGCUCGAAAGACGGUAGAACAAUUGAAACUGGAAGUGAACACAGAGCGGAUGAUGGUAUCCAAAGCAGCAGCUGAACUGAUGGCCUACUGUGAAAGUCACGCCAAAGAGGACCCUCUAGUCACACCAGUGCCUUCUGAGAACCCAUUUCGUGAGAAGAAACUAUUCUGUGUGAUACUAUAACCCCUCCCCCCCAUCCACACCUUAACACUUCUAGCUUUAAUGUGUUAAUUCAGUGACAAACAUGAUACUUGUUUCAGUUCAGUUAUGUAAUUAAAGUAGCUCUCUGGUGAUGGACUUUACAUGAGGAGUGAUCAACAUUUGAACAUGAUAAUGACGGCAAUAAAGAUUUAUUGAAAAUGGGUGCAAAGUACUGCUGCCUCUCCUUGUACACACUGUUUGUAUCUGAGCUUAUACAUUAACUCAACUGUUCAGUAAGUAAUAGUAAGUAC